AUGACUAAAGAGAUUAAGACGGAGAUUCUCAUAAAUGCGUCACCCGAAAAAGUAUGGGGGGUAUUAACAGACUUUGAGGCAUACCCAAGUUGGAACCCCUUUAUCAAAUCGUUGACAGGUGACGUAGCGGUGGGAAAUACCAUUAGCGUGAGAAUCCAGCCCCCUAACGGUAGCGGAAUGACAUUCUCUCCCAAAGUCUUACACUUUGAAAAGAACAAGAAGUUCCAGUGGAAAGGCAAAUUGCUGUUUGAAGGCCUUUUUGAUGGGGAGCACGUUUUUGAGCUGAUAGACAACGGUGAUGGCACCACAUUAUUCAAGCAAUCGGAAACUUUCAACGGUAUUUUUGUUUAUCUAUUCAACACUAAAAACACAACAUCCGGUUUUGAGAAAAUGAACCAAAAACUCAAGGAGUUAGCCGAGAAACCAUAA